AUGGCACUUUCUAACUUCUCUCUUCUAGGUAACAAGAAUUACAAGUUCCGAAAUUGGGCAGGGAUUUAUUCUACUAAUCCACAACUUUAUUUCGAACCAGAUACAAUUGAUCAAGUCAUUGAAAUUGUCAAAAAUGCGAAUGAAAAGGGACAAAAGAUCACUAUUGUGGGUGCAGGACACACUCCAAACAACAUCUGUAUCACUAGGAAUUGGAUGGUUAGUUUAACUAAAUUGAAUCAUGUCGGUAUGCUAUGUUCAAAUCAUGCCAGUUAUGCAGACGUUACUGUGGAGGCAGGGAUUACAAGUCAUGAUUUGAACGAAUAUUUGACAAAGCAUGGUUAUUCUCUACAAAAUUUACCCUCAAUUAAUACACCAACUAUGGCAGGUAUGAUCUCUACAGGAUCUCAUGGUUCUUCUGCAUACCAUGGUCUUGUCUCCUCCCAGAUUGUUGAUAUCACUUUAGUUAACGGACAAGGGGAACUAGUUUUUGUUGAUUCAGAGACUCAACCAGAGUUGUUCAGGGCUAUGUUACUAUCUUUGGGUCAAAUUGGCAUUAUCGUUAAAAUGACUAUAAGAGUGGUUCCUAAUUUCAAUUUGAGAGUGACCCUGGAGAUUUUUGAAUUUGAUAAAAUUAUUGACAUGUGGGACAAGAUCUGGUUGACAACAGAAUAUAUCAAAAUUUGGUGGUACCCAUAUAAUAGAAAAUGCAUAGUUUGGAAAGGUGAAAGAACUAAUGAUUCCGUUCCCAAAGAUAGUAGUAACAACCUUAAAGAAAAACAAUUUUUGUCUAAUAAAUUCAAUAGAUUUUUAUAUCAAUUUUUGCUUUGGUGUUCUACUCAAAUUUGUGGUCGUUUGACUCCAUUUGUUGAAAAGUGGAUAUUCAAUAGACAGUAUAGGAACGUUAUUGAACCAGCUGUUAUUACUUCCUUAGAUGGAUUCACUUUAGAUUGUUUAUAUUCUCAAUUUGUUGAUGAAUGGGGUUGCCCAUUGGUUAAUGGUCCUGAAGUGUUACGUAAAUUGGAAAACAUCGUCGACGAAGGUGCUAAAACAAAUAAAUUCUACAUACAUUGCCCAGUAGAGAUUCGUUGUUCAAAUACGACUGUACCACCUGACUUAUCUGUUAAUGAUUCAGAAAAAAAUUAUUUGUUGAAGGGUGCAAUCUAUGGUAACAAUCUACAUCCAUUGUUGGAUAAUACAAAUAAUUUAGGUCAAUAUGUGGCAAUUGAUCAAGUAACAAAUGACCAAUUAACUUUGUUUAUUAAUGCUACAAUGUAUAGACCAUUUGGUUUUAAUUCAAAGACUUACGAUUGGUUUACCCAAUUUGAACAAGUUAUGAUAGAAGCAGAUGGUAAGCCACAUUGGGCCAAGAAUUUUAUUGGGGCCACUGAAUUGAUCACUGGCCCAUCAGCAAGUAAAACUGUUAAAUAUAAAGACUAUCAAUGUCGUGGUUUAGGAAAAUUUAUUAAGGAAAAAUUUCAAGAUAAUUUAAUUGAAUUCCAAAGGAUUAAAUCUAUACAAGAUCCAAAUGGUAUUUUUGAAACUAACAAAGAUUGGUUACUUCGUAAUGGUAUUGCUGUGGAGUGA